AUGACCGACAUGAACCAGGUUCCCAUCAAUGGCAACUACCCUGCCCAGCACGGCUACCCCGAGUCCUACAACCACUCUUCCGUCACCAUGAACACUGCCGCUAGCUUCCAGCCCGCUCAGUCCUCCACCCCGACCACCGUCACUCCCACCGACCAGAAGAAUGACAUCUCCAAGGAUGAGGUGGGCUGGUACUUUGUUGAGCAGUACUACACCACCAUGAGCCGCAACCCUGACAAGCUCCACCUCUUCUACUCUCGUCGCUCCCAGCUGGUCGUCGGAACCGAGGCCGAGCCCGUUCCCGUUAUUAUUGGCACCAAGUCGAUCAGCGACAAGAUCAAGGAAUUGAAGUUCCAGGAGUGCAAGGUGCGCGUCUUGAAUGUCGACUCCCAGGCCUCCUUCGACAACAUCUUGGUCUCAGUCAUUGGUGAGAUCUCCAACAACUCGGAGCCUUCUCGCAAGUUCGUGCAGACCUUCGUUCUCGCCGAGCAGCCCAACGGCUACUAUGUGCUUAACGAUAUUUUCCGUUACCUCGUCGAGGAAACCGAGGAGGAGGCCACCCCUGCUGUGGAGGCUACUGAGGCCCCGGAAGCUGUAGCCGAGGCCCCCGCCGUCCCCGCCGAGGAGGCCCAAGUGUCCGACGAGGCCGCUGUCUCCAAGGUUGAUGAAAAGCUCGAGGAUGUUGAGGCCAACGGUCAGGUUGAGGAGCCCAAGGAAGCCGCCCCUCAGACCAACGGCACCCCCGAGGAAGAGACCCCAGCUGUCGCCCCCGCCGCUGAGGUUGAAAUCGAAAACGUCGAGGAGCCCCUCGCCCCUGAGCCUACCCCCGCUCCCGAGAAGGAGGAGCCCGUCCCCGAGAAGGAGACCGCUCCCACCCCCGCCGUCCCCAAGACUUGGGCCAACAUUGCUACCACCUCCUUUGCGGCUAAGGCUGCUGCCGCCUCCAAGGCCGCUGCCGCCGCCGCCCCCGCUGCUGCUCCCAAGCCUGCCGCUCCCGCUAGCCAAGCUUCCCCCGUGGUCGCUGCUGCUCAGCCCGCGGCCGCUGCCGCCCCCGAGGCCCGUUCCCAGGAGCCCUCUACCGACGCCGGCUGGCAGACCGCCGGCCACGACCACAAGAAGUCGCAGCCCCGCACCGGCGAGGAGACCGUCCUCGCUUACAUUAAGAACGUCAAUGACAAGGUCGACGCCAGUCUGCUGAAGCAGGUCCUGUCUCGCUUCGGUAAGCUCAAGUACUUUGACGUCAGCCGUCCCAAGAACUGUGCCUUCGUCGAAUUUAACGAGCCCGCUGGCUACGCUGCUGCCGUCGCCGCCAACCCCCACCAAAUUGGCAGUGAGCAGAUCCUCGUCGAGGAACGCCGCCCCCGUGGCAACGCCUAUGGCAGCAAUGGCUUCCCUGCCGGUCGUGGCGGCGGUGCUGGUCGCGGUCGUGGUGAUCGUGCCGGCAGCCAAGGCCGCGGUGGAUUCCAGCGUGAUGGCCGUAAUGGCUUCGCUCCCCGUGGCCGCGGUGGCAACGUUGCUGCCAAGGGCCGCAGCACCCAGGCCCAGGCUGCUUAA